AUGGAUGAGCAGACUCAAGAGCCAGCCGAGCCUAGGAGGAGGGUGAAACAGGAACAGGGUGAAAUUGAGCUUGAGUGUGAAGAACCCGGCAAGGGUCAGAUACGGAAACCCCAGGAAGAGGAUCGAUCACAGCUAAAGCCCGGAGAGUGCCCUAAAGACUCUCAGGAAGAGGCCCUGACUGAGGUGAAGUCUGAGGAUGGUGGGAAGGGUCGCAAACGUUCCUACUGCAACACAGAGGAAGGUGUUCAGGAACAUGACAACGAAAAGUACCGAAGGCUGUUGGAAAAGUACCGGGCUGUUGUUCAACCCGGUGAUCAUGUGAGCUCUGACCCUCACAGUGCUCACACGAGCCCUGUGGACACCUCGAAGAAGAUCAAAGGCCGUGUGGAGGGACAGAUUCACAGAUCGGAACCAACUCACUCUGAGCCAGAGCAAUCUGCCUGUGCUGUCACGAGAGAAGGUCAGUCACCAGUGAAGAGUGAGAAGAGGUCUUCAGAGGAGAAAAUUUCUAAUACAGAAGAGAUAGUUGGAACAAACCUCAACAAUGACAGUAGGGGACAUCACCCCCAGCCCAACUUUCUGGGAGGAGCCCAGGUCCAAAUCUUCAUAGACAGUGUCAGCAAUGACAUUCUCAACAAUAUACCAAUACCUAAGGCCAAGGAAAAGGCUCUUGCAGAUCAAGAGAAGGGCAGAGGACUGGACCAUGGCCCCGAUGUCACAGCAGACAUGGAAAAGGAAAUCAGUAGUGCACUAGGUCCAGGGCCAGAAGAUGAGAUCUUGAGUGAAGAGUAAUUCAAACUUUGAAUUACGUGAGGAGACAUCCAGACACUAAGGGAGACCCAGUGGCUCAACGAUGAAGCCAUCAAUUUUCACAUGAAUCUUCUCAUGGAGAGAAACCAAAAUCAGGGAUACCCAUCAGUUCACGCAUUUAAUACCUUCUUUUACACCAAAUUCAAGUGUGGAGGCUACAGGUCAGUCAAAAGAUGGACCCAGGCAGUAAACCUCUUUGCAAAGGAACUUAUUCUGGUGCCGAUUCACCUGGAUGUGCACUGGAGCCUGGUAGUAGUAGACCUAAGAAUAAAGCAUAUUGUCUAUCUGGAUUCGAUGGGACAGAAAAGACCAGAUGUCCUCAAGAUGAUUUUUCAGUACCUGCAGGAUGAGAGCAAAGCCCGAAGGAAUAUUGAUCUGCACCCUUGGGAGUGGAGGCAAUACAGCAUGCCAGCAGAGGAGAUUCCUCAGCAGCGGAAUGGGAGCGAUUGUGGAAUGUUUACCUGUAAAUACGCAGAUUAUAUUUCCAGAGGCCAAUCCCUCACCUUCUCUCAGCAGCACAUGCCUCUGUUCAGGAAGAAGAUGGUGUGGGAAAUCCUGCAUAAGCGCUUACUGUAG